GUUUUUGCAAACAAGAGAAACCAGCUUUAGCUUUUCCCUAAAACCACUCUUACCCAAAUCUCUCCAUAAAUAAAGAUCCCGAGACUCAAACACAAGUCUUUUUAUAAAGGAAAGAAAGAAAAACUUUCCUAAUUGGUUCAUACCAAAGUCUGAGCUCUUCUUUAUAUCUCUCUUGUAGUUUCUUAUUGGGGGUCUUUGUUUUGUUUGGUUCUUUUAGAGUAAGAAGUUUCUUAAAAAAGGAUCAAAAAUGGGAAGGGGUAGGGUUCAAUUGAAGAGGAUAGAGAACAAGAUCAAUAGACAAGUGACAUUCUCGAAAAGAAGAGCUGGUCUUUUGAAGAAAGCUCAUGAGAUCUCUGUUCUCUGUGAUGCUGAAGUUGCUCUUGUUGUCUUCUCCCAUAAGGGAAAACUCUUCGAAUACUCCACUGAUUCUUGUAUGGAGAAGAUACUUGAACGCUAUGAGAGGUACUCUUACGCCGAAAGACAGCUUAUUGCACCUGAGUCCGACGUCAAUACAAACUGGUCGAUGGAGUAUAACAGGCUUAAGGCUAAGAUUGAGCUUUUGGAGAGAAACCAGAGGCAUUAUCUUGGGGAAGACUUGCAAGCAAUGAGCCCUAAAGAGCUUCAGAAUCUGGAGCAGCAGCUUGACACUGCUCUUAAGCACAUCCGCACUAGAAAAAACCAACUUAUGUACGAGUCCAUCAAUGAGCUCCAAAAAAAGGAGAAGGCCAUACAGGAGCAAAACAGCAUGCUUUCUAAACAGAUCAAGGAGAGGGAAAAAAUUCUUAGGGCUCAACAGGAGCAGUGGGAUCAGCAGAACCAAGGCCACAAUAUGCCUCCCCCUCUGCCACCGCAGCAGCACCAAAUCCAGCAUCCUUACAUGCUCUCUCAUCAGCCAUCUCCUUUUCUCAACAUGGGGUUAAUGCAAUGGUCGCCAAACGAACAAACUUAUUAGUGUGGAAAAUGUACAUGGAAUGGUUGCGAAAAGCCUAAGUCGACUUUUUGUUGUUGUUGGUCUAUGUGUUUAAGUACAAUUUUAGUUUGUUAGAUAAAUGAAAUUAAUAUAUCUUUGACAUUUCACAAUGGACUGAUAUUUGAUUUUCCUUUGUUGUACGGUGAAACAUAUGAUUACAUAUGCACUUUCAUAUAUAUCCUAUGUAUGAUUGUGAAUGCAGUGGUCUGUAUCAAGAAGAUGAUCCUAUGGCAAUGAGGAGGAAUGAUCUCGAACUGACUCUUGAACCCGUUUACAACUGCAACCUUGGCUGCUUCGCCGCAUGAAGCAUUUCCAUAUAUAUAUUUGUAAUCGUCAACAAUAAAAACAGUUUGCCACAUACAUAUAAAUAGUGGCUAGGCUCUUUUCAUCCAAUUAAUAUAUUUUGGCAAAUGUUCGAUGUUCUUAUAUCAUCAUAUAUAAAUUAGCAGGCUCCUUUCUUCUUUUGUAAUUUGAUAAGUUUAUUUGCUUCAAUAUGGAGCAAAAUUGUAAUAUAUUUGAAGGUCAGAGAGAAUGAACGUGAACUUAAUAGAUCGGACCUUUUUUUUUUUUUGUUGCAUUAAGUUAGG